AUGUCCGACGAACACAACCAUCUCGCCGAGUCCGGCGUCACAUUGCACUCCGACAGCGAACUAUACUCUGCAGGCGAUGACCUCUCUUCACCUCCCUCGUCAAACUCACCCGUCAUUCUCUACAAGCCUCCAACGGUGUGGUCAUUGAUACGAGGAGCUGCCAUCAAUCUCCUACUACCUUUUGUCAACGGCAUGAUGCUUGGAUUUGGAGAGUUGUUUGCUCAUGAAGCUGCUUUUAGACUGGGUUGGGGAGGUACAAAGGUCUUCCCCCUCUCGCGAAGACGAGUUCACCCUAUCGGACCUGGUAUCGAGCUUCGAGAAAAGUCAUAUGCUCCUCGCCCUUCGCUGGACGAUUUUGCAAGCCUGGAGUAA